AGAACAAACAAAAUCGACAACAACAACCACAAAUUAUGAUUCAAAUUUUGCUUUUAAAAAAUGUUCACCUAAAAUCUAAAUUUCCCGAAAAUCAAUGAAAAAACCCACAAUUGGCAUCACUAUUCGUGGUGAAGUGAAUGUCUCUCCCACUGCCUCUGCUCCGGCAAUAUCAUCUGUUUGUUGUGAAUAGAUAUGUCAAAACUGGAAAAAAUUCAUGUGUUAGAGGCUGCAAGUUAGUUUUUCUAAUCUGCACAGCAAAUAUUAAUAAAAUGAAAGGAAAAACCAGUGACAUUUUAUUAGGCAUAAAUUACCUGCGAUCUUGCACGAGAGUGGAAGUUUUCAAAUACAUUCGCAAACUCCACAAGAUCGUUCGAAGGCAGGACAGACGAUUGCGUCGUUAUAAAACUAAAUUGAAAUUUCUGGGUACUAUAAAACCACCAGAAGACGAAGACAAAGAGGGUAAAACCGAGGAGGAAGGGGCAGCAAAGGAAGCAAAAGCAAAAACCUUUCUCGAGGAAAUCAAAGAAGCUGCAGAGUCCGCGCAGAAUGAAACAGAUUUUAUUUAUGAACCUACCUCAGGGCUGUAUUACGACCAAAAAACUGGAUAUUAUUAUAAUGCGGAAUACGGUUUAUACUACGACGGUUCAACCGGGUGCUACUACCGCUAUAACCAAGAAAAGAACGAAUUUGAGUUUCAUUCCCAAGUCCAAGCGCAACCGGCGAACAAUGACCAGGUUUCUGCUAGCCAUUACCUAAAUAAUUUGUUUGAACAAUUUUCUACUUUAAACAUUAGUCAAAUGCGUGCAAACGCGAUAGGUAAGUUCACGUUUCCUGCUCGCAAUGAAAACACGCAUCCUUUCAUCUUUCAGGCGCGUAUCACACACGAAACCACUGAGUCAAUUGAAAACGGUGGCACGAAGAGAAAGAGGCGCAAGAAGAAAGCAAAAGUAUCAGACAAAACUGAAGACAGGCUUUCGGACAAUGCAAAAAUCUCUGAAAAAGAUAUUGAAGAUGGGGAAAUCACGUCUAGUUCCGAAUCGGGGAGCGAAUAUGACGAUGAGGCUGUGAUAAGCGAUCUGCCUAGCUACCAAACGCAAAGCAAGUAUGAAGAUAUAGCAAAGAAGUAUCCGCCGUGCUUGAGGAUUAUCGUUCAAGAGACUAACCUGCCAAAGCUCAAAGUAGGGACGUUAUUUCUAAUCACAUUCAAAGGCGGGAGCCUGGGCCGGGAAGGAAAUCAUGAUGUCAUUGUACCUGAUGUCAACAUAUCGAAGUUCCAUUUGAAAUUCACAUAUGAUGAAACGGAGUCUGUGUACAAGUGCAUCGAUUUAGGAUCACGUAACGGCACGAUUUUGAACGGCAAACGUAUGUCGAAUGCGAAGCAGGAAAGUGAGCCUCUGAGUGUUGUUCACGGCAGUGUUUUGCAGCUCUCACAAACAAAACUUCUGUGCCAUAUCCACAGUGGGAAUAGUACUUGUGGGCACUGCGAACCGGGCCUUAUCAUCGAUCAACAAAGUACGGACAAAGUUGUCGCCCUCUCUCACAAAGCUCAGCUGAAAGUCCUGCAAAAACGUUAUGGAUUAGAAAAUGAAAAAUAUGUGAAAGCCGCCGAAAGCAAUAAAGCCACUGAUGCACAAUAUUCGGACCGAGCGGCAGUGCGGCGAGAUAAAGUUGGAAGUACAAAUGAAUAUGAAAAGACGGACACUGCGUCAACAGAAAUAGCAAUAUCGAGUAAUAACAAAGGCUUUAAAAUGCUAUCCAAGCUAGGAUGGAAUAAAGGCGAAUCUCUCGGAAAAGGUCAAGGGCUGCUGGAACCGAUCAAACUAGUAAACAAUGAAGGCAAGACUGGCCUUGGAUGCGAAGUGCCCACCAUUUCAGUGCCAUUGACGAAAAAAGAUCGCAUAAAAUCGGAAUCAUUACGCAAAACGAAAGAACGUUAUAAUAAAUCAAAACCGUCAAAUAUCUUUGAUGAUAGUGAUGACAGUAGUAGCGAUUAAAUUGCA